AGUGGUAGCUACUGCGCGUGCGCGAGGUUAGAGCGGGGCGGGGGUGCGUCACGUGGGCCGGGGGUCCUGGACCGGAAUGGCUGCUAGCUCCGAGGUCAUAAUGCAAGUCUUUGUGAUCUAAGACAAGAACAAAACAGAACAAAAACCAAACAAGCAGGAGCUUGAAUACUAUUAUUAAAAGUAAAUAUGGAAAAUGAACCAGACCAUGAAAAUGUGGAACAGAACCUCUGUGCCAAGACUACUGAAGAAGAACUGAAUAAAUCUUUCAAUCUAGAGGCUUCACUUUCAAAAUUCUCCUAUAUAGAUCUGGACAAGGAACUAGAAUUCAAAAAUGACCUGAUUGAUGACAAGGAGUUUGAUAUUCCUCAAGUUGAUACUCCUCCAACAUUGGAAAGCAUAUUAAAUGAGACUGAUGAUGAAGAUGAAUCUUUUAUUCUUGAGGAUCCUACAUUGUUAAACAUUGAUACUAUUGAUUCUCACUCAUAUGAUACUUCAUCUGUGGCAAGCUCAGACAGUGGUGACAGGACCAACUUAAAAAGGAAGAAGAAAUUACCUGAUUCUUUUUCACUCCAUGGAUCAGUUAUGCGACAUUCACUUUUGAAGGGAAUUUCUGCCCAGAUAGUAUCUGCAGCUGUGGAGAGUAAUUCAUAUUUGCUAGAAUGGGAACCACCUGUAGAGGAUUACAUUUCCAUGACGUUUUCUGAAUUUAAUCCUUAUGACAAAGUAGACGCUGGCCUGCCCACAGCAAUUGCAGUGUCCAGUCUGAUAGCAGUGGGUACAUCUCAUGGAUUGGCUUUAAUAUUUGAUCAGAAUCAAGCUUUGCGACUCUGUCUGGGUAGCACUAGUGUUGGAGGUCAGUAUGGAGCCAUCUCUGCUCUCAGUAUCAACAAUGACUGCUCAAGACUUCUUUGUGGCUUUGCUAAAGGUCAGAUCACCAUGUGGGAUUUGGCCAGUGGAAAACUUCUCAGAUCAAUAACAGAUGCUCAUCCUCCAGGAACAGCAAUAUUGCAUAUCAAGUUUACAGAUGACCCAACUCUUGCAAUUUGCAACGACAGCGGAGGCUCUGUUUUUGAGUUGACAUUUAAGAGAGUGAUGGGAGUAAGAACCUGUGAAUCUAGAUGUUUGUUCAGUGGUUCCAAGGGUGAAGUUUGCUGUAUUGAGCCUCUACAUUCUAAGCCAGAAUUGAAAGAUCAUCCCAUCACACAGUUUUCAUUAUUGGCCAUGGCAUCCUUAACAAAGAUACUGGUCAUUGGACUGAAGCCAUCUUUGAAAGUAUGGAUGACUUUUCCCUAUGGUCGGAUGGAUCCUUCUAGCGUUCCAUUGCUAGCCUGGCACUUUGUGGCCAUACAUAACUACGUGAAUCCCAUGCUUGCCUUCUGCAGAGGAGAUGUUGUUCAUUUUCUGUUGGUGAAGAGAGAUGAAUCUGGAGCAAUACAUGUUACAAAGCAAAAGCAUCUUCACCUGUACUAUGACCUCAUCAACUUUACUUGGAUAAACUCACGCACAAUUGUGCUCUUAGAUAGUGUAGAGAAGUUGCAUGUGAUUGAUCGGCAAACUCAAGAGGAGUUGGAAACAGUGGAAAUCUCAGAAGUUCAGUUGGUCUACAACAGCAGCCAUUUCAAGUCACUAGCCACUGGAGGAAAUGUUAGUCAAGCACUGGCUCUGGUUGGAGAGAAGGCUUGUUACCAAUCCAUUAGUAGCUAUGGUGGUCAGAUCUUUUAUUUGGGAACAAAAUCUGUUUAUGUGAUGAUGCUGAGGAACUGGAGAGAGAGAGUGGAUCAUCUCCUGAAACAAGAUUGUCUUACAGAAGCCUUGGCUCUUGCAUGGUCUUUCCAUGAAGGAAAAGCAAAAGCAGUAGUGGGAUUAUCAGGGGAUGCCAGCAAGCGAAAAGCAGUUGUUGCAGACCGAAUGGUAGAAAUCCUAUUCCAUUAUGCAGAUCGAGCUCUGAAAAAGUGCCCAGACCAAGGAAAAAUCCAAGUGAUGGAGCAGCAUUUUCAGGACAUGGUGCCUGUCAUAGUCGAUUACUGCCUUCUGCUGCAACGAAAGGAUCUCUUAUUUAGCCAGGUGUAUGACAAAUUAAGUGAGAAUUCAGUGGCCAAAGGAGUGUUUUUGGAGUGCCUUGAGCCAUAUAUUUUAAGUGAUAAAUUGAUGGGUAUCACACCCCAGGUAAUGAAAGACUUGCUUGUUCAUUUCCAAGAUAAGAAGUUAAUGGAAAAUGUGGAAGCCCUUAUUGUACAUAUGGAUAUUACCAGCCUAGAUAUUCAGCAGGUAGUUCUUAUGUGUUGGGAAAAUCGUUUAUAUGAUGCAAUGAUUUAUGUCUACAACAGAGGCAUGAAUGAAUUUAUUAGUCCAAUGGAGAAACUUUUCAGAGUCAUUGCUCCUCCCCUAAAUGCAGGAAAAACACUAACAGAUGAACAAGUUGUUAUGGGAAACAAGCUUCUUGUAUAUAUCAGCUGUAGUCUAGCAGGACGUGCCUAUCCCCUGGGUGACAUCCCUGAAGAUCUUGUUCCCCUGGUUAAAAAUCAGACAUUUGAAGAUUUUAAAAAUGACAAGCAAGCUGUGGAAUAUCAACAGCGAAUUGUGGAUAUUUUAUUGAAAGUUAUGGUGGAGAAUUCAGAUUUUACUCCCUCACAAGUAGGGUGUCUCUUUACGUUCCUUGCUCGGCAGCUUGCAAAGCCUGACAACACCUUGUUUGUAAAUAGAACACUUUUUGAUCAGGUCCUUGAAUUCCUCUGUAGUCCUGAUGAUGACUCCCGACACUCUGAAAGACAGCAGGUCCUUUUAGAAUUGCUGCAGGCUGGAGGCAUAGUUCAAUUUGAAGAGAGCCGGCUCAUCCGUAUGGCAGAAAAAGCUGAGUUCUAUCAGAUUUGUGAAUUCAUGUAUGAACGAGAGCACCAAUAUGACAAAAUUAUAGAUUGCUACUUACGUGACCCGUUGAGAGAGGAGGAAGUCUUUAAUUAUAUUCACAAUAUCUUAUCCAUUCCUGGACACAGUGCAGAGGAAAAGCAGUCUGUCUGGCAGAAAGCCAUGGAUCAUAUUGAGGAACUUGUGUCCCUGAAACCCUGUAAAGCUGCAGAGCUGGUUGCUACCCACUUUUCUGGACAGAUCGAAACAGUUAUUAAAAAGCUUCAGAACCAGAUUUUACUUUUCAAAUUUUUGAGGAGUCUUCUUGACCCAAGGGAAGGUAUGCAUGUAAAUCAAGAAUCGCUGCAAAUAUCUCCCUGCAUUACAGAACAGUUCAUUGAGCUAUUAUGUCAGUUCAACCCAAACCAAGUUAUAGAAACGCUGCAAGUUCUUGAGUGCUACCGCCUAGAAGAAACCAUUCAGAUUACUCAGAAAUACCAACUUCAUGAAGUCACCGCUUAUCUUUUAGAAAAGAAAGGAGAUAUUCAUGGCGCCUUCUUAAUAAUGUUAGAGCAACUACAGAGCAAACUUCAAGAGGUAACACAUCAAAGUGAAAAUACCAAAGAGGAUCCCUCACUGAAGGACGUUGAAGAUACUAUGGUAGAGACGAUUGCUCUUUGCCAGAGAAAUUCUCAUAAUUUGAACCAGCAGCAGCGAGAGGCACUGUGGUUUCCACUAUUGGAGGCAAUGAUGGCUCCUCAGAAGCUGUCCAGUUCAGCUGUACCUCAUCUACACGCAGAAGCCCUAAAAUCUUUGACCAUGCAAGUUCUGAACAGCAUGGCAGCAUUUAUUGCCCUUCCUUCAAUCUUGCAAAGAAUUUUACAGGAUCCAGUUUAUGGAAAAGGAAAACUUGGAGAAAUCCAAGGACUUAUUCUGGGAAUGUUAGAUACCUUUAAUUAUGAACAAACUUUGCUGGAAACGACGACUAGCCUUCUAAACCAAGAUCUCCACUGGUCAUUGUGUAACCUGAGAGCUUCAGUCACCAGAGGACUGAAUCCCAAACAGGACUACUGCUCUAUAUGUUUGCAGCAGUACAAGAGACGCCAAGAGACAGCUGACGAAAUUAUUGUGUUCAGCUGCGGCCAUUUGUAUCACUCAUUCUGUCUACAAAACAAAGAAUGUACCACAGAAAUUGAGGGCCAGACAAGAUGGACGUGUUACAAAUGCAGUUCAAGUAAUAAAGCAGGAAAACUAAGUGAAAAUUCAUCUGAAAUUAAAAAGGGAAGGAUAGCCCCAUCACAGGUAAAAAUGUCUCCAUCGUAUCAUCAAUCCAAAGGAGAUCCUGUAGCUAAGAAGGUAUCCUCCGAACCCAUUCUGGAUCCACAGCAAAUCCAAGCAUUUGAUCAGCUUUGCCGUCUCUACCGAGGAAGUUCCAGGUUGGCUCUUCUCACAGAACUCUCCCAGAAUCGCAGCAGUGAGAGCUACAGGCUGUUCAGUGGCUCCCAGAGUAGCCCUGCAUUCAAUAGCAUCUUCCAGAACGAGAACUUCCAGCUGCAGCUCAUUCCCCCACCUGUGACUGAGGACUGAAGCCUCCAUGGGGCUUAUCCCUGGAGACCCAGAGACAACAAUCCCAAGGUGACUGGAGAUCAGCCCCCGUCUCUGACUAGAUGGACCCUCGCCUCCUACACUUCCAGGCCCAGGGGCUCCUUGCCCAUCAUUCUCAGCGUAGACCACAACCCCCACCCCCACCCCUGUCUCUUCCACAGUGCUGUCACCGUGUCAUUUCACCAGACUGGUUGAUUUAGUUUUGCUCGUUAAUCAAAGGAAUGGCACAUACUUCCAUCCAGCCUUUUAGGAAAUACAUUUUGCCCAUUGGGACUUUUUCCUAUUUCCUCUGAGGCCCAAAAGGUAGGUCGAGCUUACACAUAUGGCAUUCCAGAGUCUGUCAUAUUCCACCUUCUCCAAUUGAUGAAUAACACAAAGGAAUUUCCACUCGUGUAGGGCAUGGCAUAACUGAUUGUGUGGAUAACACAAAGGAAUUUCCACUUGUGAAGGGCAUGCCAUAACUGUUGGACAUGUUGGAGAGGGCAGAGAGCCAGUGGGGGUGGGGCAUCUCCAUUUUGAUGUAUUUAUGUUAAAACCCAUGUGAGUAUAAGACUUGCCCUUCCUAAUAAUAAAUCCUCUGUGUCGAAAUUGCACAGGCCUGUA